AUGUACUCUCCACGCCGUACAUACGGUUCCCCUCCCCCAGAGCUCUCGAAUAAUCCAUUCAUCGACCACCCAUCUAACGCUCUGGCUCGAUUUCCCGAUAUCUCUGGCUCGAACGAUCUUAGUGGAGAUAGUAGUCAAUUUGCCCCGUGGGCUCAGCCGUCGGGGUCGUCUCUUGUUUCUAGCACAACGGGAUAUGCCGCACAAGGUGCCCCGGCAGGGUAUAGCAAUGGGUAUCAGCAGCAGCCGCCAAUGCAGCUGCAGCCACAGCAGACAUCUUGGAAUGGAGGCGGAGGGUUUGCGCAACCCCAGCAGCAGGGAUACGUUUCGCAGGCCCCACAGAUCUCGAGUCCUUUCCAGCCCUCGUCAUCCUUCGGCCAGCAGCUCGCAGGCCAGGUGAACAGCACAUACACCGGGAUGCCCCAGCAGCAACCGCAGAUGCAGCAGCAAUACUCUGGCUAUCAGACUCCACAGUAUGGUGGCGCGUACCAGUCUGGAUUCCCGCCACAGCCGAAUAACCAGUAUCUGCCGGAAUUUGACCCGUACGCUCAGCUGCAGUCGACACCGUUCGUUGCUACGCCUUCUGGAGGCGGAAAUGGCCAGUAUCGACAGCUUCACCCUAGGGAGUAUGUGCAGCAGCAUAAGGCAGAGCUCGAAGCGUGGGAUGGUUAUGCAUGGAAGCAGAUACAGAAUGCAUUCGAUGCGCUGAAGGAAGCGUGGUCAGCGCGGAAGCGUGAUGUCGAGAGCCGUGUCCGAGCUAUGGGUGGCGCCGGGCUAUUUGGUGGCGGCGGAGUGUAUGGUGGGCAGGCGCAAGAGUAUGCACGACUGGAGAGUCUCACGAGAGAGGCGGAGUCAAACUUCGACUCUGUGGCUGCAUCGGCCUUCCAGAUGCAAGAAGUAUACUCUGGUUAUCGUCAGUCUGGCGAUCUCGCCUCCAAACGCCGUGUCCGCGAGAGCAUUAACGCCGCCCUCUCGAGUCUCCCCGACUGGCCUCCGCAGGGAUUGUAG